CAUUCAAGGAGAGUGCCCUGUUCCCGUCUCCAUGACACCUUUUAUUUAUUCGUGUUGUUUUGUCAUUUUUUUCUAAACAGUUUUUCCCAUCACCGAUUUUCACAAUGAAAACCUCAGCUCUGAGCGUACUCUCCAAAAUUAACAGCAAUGUGGUACAAAAUUCUCGUAGACUCUUCUCGUUUAAUUUCGAGAUGACACCGGCAAGUCGGCAACCGGAAGCCAAAGAGGAGACAAAACCGGAAGAACAACCGAAAAACUUCCGCUACAAUGUAUGCCAGCCCCGGACGAGUCCGGUCGAGAGACCCAACUCAGCCGGGGACGUCAUAGCCCUCCAAAAACAGAACGUGAAGGCAGCCAUCGAAGAACAACAACUCCAACCCUCCAUGCUCCCGGAAUACUUCCAAAAAACGAUGGAGAAGAGCGUGCUAACGAACCCGGAACCGGAACACACCGAAGAGGGCCGCAUCAACAAGGGCCUCAACCCCAAAAACCCCAGGCGGUUCCAGGUGUCGAAAACCUACGCCAACGCUAUCCUGCCGCUGAAAAGCGUCAAACUUGCCAACCCCUUCCCGGAACCCGUGAAGAUGAUGAUGUCCAGGACCGUCUCCGACGACGAAAAGGCCGAGCAAAUGCUGGCGGAGGCCCGCAGCCAGAAGCAGCUCAACGAGCAAAUCGCCAACAAAUCCUCCACCUUCCGCUCGUUCUCCACCGAAGUGAAGCGCUGGUACUCCAAGACGGUGGGCGCCGACCCCGACAAGUGCAAGAAAAUGGGCAAGGGCAAGAAAGGCUGCCCCAAAAUGAAGCUGGACAACUGCCCGCCCCCGGCCCGCACGCGCUGCGACCGUUUCGCCAAACAUAUUGACUGCAAAAAGCAGGAAGCCCCUUACCCGGCUUAUAGCGAGUUCUGUCACGAAGAGAUCGAGGAAAAGCCCUCAUCCUGCAAAAUGUGCCCCUGGAAGCCGGAGGAGAACCCCAACUUCAAGCCCUCCAAGAAGAAGUUCCACACCAGCAGCCACCCCCUGAUGGUGCGCCGCAGCGGCCUUGAGAUGGACCUGACCCUAAACGACCCUUUGGUGGAAACGGCCACCGAAGAGAACGACAUGUUGUGCGAUUUGCGUAAGCCCCCAUGUGAGCGUCCGAAAAACCGGCGUUGUCCCGAACCCAAAACCAAAAAAAAGGAAGAGAAGAAGAAGAAACCGAAACCGAAACAGGAAUGCGCGAUUCUCGACAACAACAUCCUCGAGCCAAUUGGUGCGCUCCUCGAACCCGAGGCAAUCACCCUCAAGAGCAAAAAGCCCAAAGAGCAGGGACACGGCUCGUGCAAAAUCCCCAAAUUCAAGUUCCCCUGCUGCGACCAGAAGGUCACCCGUACCGACCAGGACGGCCGGUGCCCCACCAAGCGGCGCAAGCCCAAAGUGCGAGAUUGCCCCCCUGAUGAAAAGUCCUGCGACACGGUCGAAGUCGUGGAGGAGUACAGUCUGAGCGGCAGCGGGGGGAAGAAGGACAAGACCAAGUGCCCCCAAAUCGACAUGACCACGCUCAGGGAGGAGCUGGAUGACGAUCCCUGCCGUUUGAAGAAGAAGGGGACCACGAAGAUUUGUCCCGGGGAUUUGUUGAAGAAGAAGAGGAGGAAGCCCAGGAAGAAGACCAGUGGGGUGAUCGCACCAGUUGAAAAAAUCGAGCCCCAGCGGCCCACCAAGUCGGUUUAAUGUACGUAAUGACAAAACAACAAAAAUAAAAAAUCAUAAAAAGUUUAAA